AUGGCCGCCACCCUCCACCCUCGUGCUCUCUCUAGCGGCGCAGACAUGUUCGUGGCCACAGCCCUCUCCGUGUCUGCUCCUGCUGCUGUCCUGGUCCCGGUACCGACCCACACCAUGGCCACUGACGAACUUACGUCCAAACUGUCCCGCAGACUGCGGAUCGAGGACGGGGAAGCGGAGCCGGUGGCGCUGGACCUGGUGCAAAGUGCGGAGCCGCAGGAGGAGGACAAGGCGGUCACGGAGAACGCAGACUCGGAGCUCGGGGCCAAACUGCAGCGUCGCGGAGAACUGAACGAGGGCCGCGGAGAGCACCACAUGAGCAAGGUCUACAACCCCUACACCGACUUCAAAGAGUUCUCCAGGAAGCAGAUCAAAGACAUGGAGAAGAUGUUCAAGACCAGCAGCAGCAACAGCGGCAGCGGCUCCUCCCCCCGUCGUCAUGUGAUUGUUGACCUCAGGACCCCAAAAUGCUGCAGCAGAGCUUGA